AUGAAAUUGAGAGUAUAUAUGUUGCCUGUUUUGGUUUAUAUUGUUUGCCAAACUGAUCUUAUAAAGUAUAUGCUAUCAAGGUCGUUAAUCACAGGCCUGAUUGGCAAGUGGGCUUUGGCACUAAUGGAAUUCAAUUUUGCAUAUGUUCCACAAAAGGCAAUUAAGGGAAGAGUAUUGGCAGAUUUUCUUACUGAUCAUCCCUCGCCCGAAAUUGAGUUACAAGUAUUUGAUGAGCUUGACUCGGCAUCCAUAUUCAUGACUCCAUGGACUUUAAUGUUCGAUGGGUCAAGUACCAGUGAAGGCUCGGGUGCUGUCAAAGAUGUCCACAUUGUGGGAGAUUCGAGUUUAGUGAUUAAUCAAAUCUCAGAAGACUUUAGAUGUUUGAAUUGGCAAUUAAGACCAUUUCAUUCGUUGGCAACCCAAUUGGUUAACCAAUUUCACAAUGUGACUUUGGAAUAUAGACCAAGGGCCAUGAAUAAACUAGCUAAUGAUUUAGCACAGACAGCUUCAGGAGUAAGGGUGCCGAGUGUUAUGAAGGAAAGAGUAAUGAGGAUUACACGUCGAUCUCUUCCAUCAGCUAAAAUAAGAAAUCAAAUUAUGGAAGAAGUCUUUGCAACUGAUGUUGCCGAAUUGGAUGAUGAUGAUUGGCGAAUUCCUUACAUCUUGUUUUUGCAACAUCCAACUCCUGAAGCUGAUCGAAGAAUUAAAAGAAGUGCAGUCGAUUAUGUGCUUAUGAUUGGAGAUCUUUAUAGAAGAUCGAUUAAUGAUGGUUUAUUAUUUCAGUGCAUUAGCGAGUUUAAAGGUCUGAAGAUUAUGGCUAAGGUACAUAAAGGGAUAUGUGGAGCUCACCAAGCCGGCAUCAAAAUGAGGUGGUUGAUACGCCGAUAUGGAUAUUAUUGGCCAGGAAUAAGAAAAAAUUGCAUGACUUAUGCAAAAGGUUGUAUAAACUGUCAAAAACAUGGUCCAAUGCAAUGGGUCCCAGCAAUAAAAAUGCAAUUACUAGUUAAACCAUGGCCUUUCAGAGGAUGGGCUAUGGAUCUAAUCGGCAAGAUUAAUCCUCCUUCAUCAAAGGGUCAUCAUUGGAUUAUUCUAGCUACCGAUUACUUUACUAAAUGGGUAGAAGCCGAGGAAUAUGUAUCGGUGAAAAUGGUAACUUCAACACCCUAUUAUGCUCAAGGGAAUGGUCAAGCCGAGGCUUCAAAUAAAGUUGUUAUUGAAAUUAUUGAGAAAAUGAUAAAAGACAAACCAAGGCGUUGGCAUGAAACUCUUUCAGAAGCCUUAUGGGCCUAUAGAAAUGCAAAAAGGACAAAUACGGGAACAACUCCAUAUCGAUUAACAUUUGGUCAUGAUGCGGUGUUGCCGAUGGAAUUAAACGUUAAAUCGGCAAGGGUAGCUUUGCAAUAUAAUCUCAUACCUGCUGAUUAUAACGAAGCUAUGCUUAUUAAGUUAGAAGAUUUAGAUGAAGUCCAGAAACUUGCUUUGGACCACCUUGUGGUUCAUAAAGCAAAAGUAAUGAGGGCUUACAAUAAAAGGGUGAAGUUCAAGUCAUUUGCAGAAGGCGAUAUGGUGGGGCAAAGAAUCCUUCCACCUGGGAAGGUGGAUAGAGUUUAUGGUAAGUGGUCACCUACUUGGAAGGGUCCAUAUUUGGUUCAUCAAGUGUUACAUGGAGGCGCUUACAGGUUAAAAGAUCUAGAUGGUGAAAUCCAUGAGAGACCAAUAAAUGGAAGGUACUUGAAAAAAUAUAAUCCAACUAUUUUUGAACUUAUGGAGGAAAAGAAGACCUCCACUAAGUAA